CCUCUAAUUGUCGUCAGCUGCUGGUGCAUUGCCGCCCCGUGUGAGCGCAACCCGAGGGAACGCUGCGACGAAGUGAUCUGAUCAGCGGCGCUUAAUGUCUUAUUGUUUUGCGGCCACAGUGCUCGCCUACGAUGAUCUGCUAUAAGCCUCCGACACGACUGGCACCUCUCCACUGUUUCCCCCACUUGCGUCUUCCCUUUGGCUAGGCUCCAUCCUCGUUCGCUUCUCGCAUUGUUGUAUUGUGUCUGCAUCUCACCGGUGCACUAUCGUCGAGCGCUUAACCAUGUAUCACGGUCGACUCUUUCUUUCUAUGGUCUUCGGCUGGGCUGCUUCGCUGCUCGUAGAGAGUAGACCGACCCAGAACUCCGCCGUCGAGCUACUGACGUGUGGGGACAACGGUGAUUCUGCGGCGGUCACAAUAGAGUGCUCGUCUGUUUGUCAACCUAUUCGCGCUGCGCAGAAAUGCUUCCUGAAUGCGAAAUGCACCUGCUUUGUGGCCCCUCCGGACGUUGUGCAGGCUUGUAUGCAAUGCCAUCUCAACGCAACCGAGGAGGUGUACCGCCGAGAGGUUGCGACUCUUGUACCAACCAAACUAAACGCCUACUCGCAACUGUGCGGCUACUCGUCAGAGGCAUCCAUCGAGAUAGACAUCUUACCCGAAGCGAUCAAUUCCUCCCUUGUCGAGCGGGAAGUUUCCAGUUUGCAGUGCAUAUAUGGCCUGCCAGAAGUUUCCGUCGGUAGCUCUGUCGCUCUUUUUCAGAGCCUCGCAAGCCACAAGCAACUAUGGCCUGUCUAUGUUGUUGUAAUCCUCAUGGUGCUAGUCAUGCUGGAAAUGCGUUCGUAGGCACUCUUCAAAAGCCUCCCGGGCCCUUUCAUUCGCUUCUCCGGAUGUCUUCUAUUCG